AUGGCAGAAGUAUUAUCAUUAGUUGACCUCGAGAUUCCUCGAGUCACUGAUAAAUACUAUAAAUUUGACACUUUUAAACAUUUAAUCUGUUACUUGUUCAAAAAAACUAGCACAGAAACUGAUUCAAAUGUUCCUAUAGUAAUAAUAUUCCCUACCAACAAUGAUAGUUCUACAAAAAAAACUCGAUCCACUAAUAAUAACAAGCUAGAUAAUUUACCAUUCAGUGAUAAAUUGUUAUUGAUACAGUUCUUUUUCACCCACUUGAACAUAUUGACGAUUCAAGGUGAGAGUUCAGAUGAAGAAAAGUUAUAUCAGGAGAUACGUGAUGCCAAAGAAUUAUUAACAAAUAGGAUAUCACGAGUUGGAAAUUGGACAGGAACAACUCAUUUUAGAUAUUGUCGACAUGAUAAUGAUUGUGGACUAUUGAAUCAACAUUCCAAGAUUGCAGGAAUCAUACCAACAAUGACGUAUAUUCUUAAUUGUAAUGCAACAAGAUCAGAUAUUGCCACUAAGCAAUUGAUAUAUUUAUACCAACUCAUGAUAGACGAGAUUAAUUUCAUUGACUUGUUGCAAGAUGCAUCCACGACAAGAUUAUCUCAGUUAUGUUAUGCUGUGGGACAUUGGAGUUUCCCUGCUCAUAAUUUAUCAAAUGAUGAUUUGGUUUAUUGUGUUUAUUUGAUGAUAGAUUACGCUAUCAAACAAAUUGAAGGAUUUGAUAACAUUCCUUUGAAUGAAUUAUUGGCAUUUAUAUUUAUUGUUAGAGAUACUUAUAAGAAUGGGAAUCCGUUCCAUAAUUUCCGUCACGCUGUGGAUGUUCUACAAGCUUGUUUUCAUUUUCUUAUUAGAUUGGGUAGUUUGCCUAAAUUUAAACAAUUUGUCGAGGACCCAAAAUUGGAUUUCAAAGAAGCUCACGACGAGCAUACUGUAUUAAUUUCCUCACAAAGGAAUUCCACCGAGGAAGAAGCUUCCCUUAAUCCAAUACAAACAUUAGGCUUACUAGUUGCUGCCUUGGGGCAUGAUGUGGGUCACCCAGGUACAACAAAUGACUUCAUGAUCAAAUUCAGUGCACCAACGGCACUACUUUACAAUGAUAGGUCUGUUCUUGAGUCUUAUCAUGCCUCCUUAUUUAUUAAUAAAGUGUUAAGAAUAUGUUGGCCAGAUUUAUUAACUUGCACAAUUGAAGAAAAGUCAGAAUUAACCAUUAGAAGUUUGAUAAUUUCUUCAAUAUUGGCCACUGACAUGGGUGAACACAAUGAAUAUGUUAAUCGGUUGAAAUCUUUCAAGACACAUAAUGAAAUUUUAAAUCAUGAUAACACUGUUAAAUUGAUUUCUGCGUUGUUAAUUAAAUGUGCUGAUAUUUCUAACGUAACGAGACCGUUGAGAGUAUCUGCACAAUGGGCAAUGGUUUUAUCAAGAGAGUUUGCCGAAGUGGAAUUGCUCAAAUCAGUGAUCAAAAAAGAUAUCGAUCUUGACUUUACAAAAGAUUUAACCUACGAUCAUGUUCCCUGUGAAUUACACGAGAUACUCGAAAUACAACCCGAUAUACAUAAAGGACAAAUAUUUUUUAUUAAUUUAUUUGCUGAGAAUUUGUUUAAUAAUGUUAGUGACUUAUUACCCCAAUUACAGUAUACUUGUGAUAUUAUUCUAGAGAACAAAUUAUUUUGGUUGAAUAGAGCAAAGAAAUAA